UGUGCUUGGGAGCACAACGAAUCUCCAAAACGAAAAUCAGUUGACGAACUUCAAUCGUAACAGCAGGUUCAUUUGCUGCUCGCCGUUAUCUCGCUGUCAAAAGAGACGCUUUUUCGUCUAGGCAAAAUCGUUUAUAAGCGUUGAGCGCGCAGCUUACCUACGCGAGGCGAAGUGGGAAGCAGAAGAAGUGGUAUAAAAAAAAACCGAAAUUGGAAUUAAAAUGCAUAUACAUAUAUACAAAUAUAUUUACAUAUAUAUAUGUAUAUUAAAUUUAAAGAGAUAAUGUGUGUUAUGCUAAAUGGCAAAUAUUGAAAAAUUAUUUUAUUAAAAAUCAUUAACAUAAAGGCAUAAAUUGUACUGUGCGCGUGUGUGGAAAAUAAAGUGUGGAAAAAUAUUUAACAUACGAGUAAAUAUAUGUAUGUCCACAUUCAAGCGAGUACACUUGUGUGCGCGAAAUACAUAUACGUGUAAAUACGAACCAAAUCAAACACAGCUGCGCUGAAACCCACGAUUAAACAGAGAAAAAUUAAACAAUAAAAAAAACAAUAAAAAUAAAAAUAAUAAAAAUCAAAGUGAAAAAAAGAUAAAUAAAAAAGGAACGAUCGGAUAAACUCGCAAAAAUUUAUUCACAAAGCACAUAAAAACAACAAAGCAAUAACGGCACUUCAAUCCGAGCGCAUAGCGUGCACACAAAAUGGUAUUCUACAUUUCGUUUUUUGGCAAAAAUGUCGACCCACCAGAUAAGACAAUGGUCAACGAAAAGAGCAUGGCCUGCAUUCAAGAUGGAUUGGAACAUAUGAGAAUAGGUGCCGGUAACCUAUCAUACACAACAGACAUCGACUUUCACCAACGACCGCAAGCGAUGGUAAAUAAUGGCACCGAUAGUUCAGAUAAUACCUGCCAACAUCGAUGGACACCCACACAUGGUGAUCAUGAUAAAGGUAUCGGUAUGAUGACAAGCCUAUUGGGUUGUAUGAAACCGAUACUCUCAUUCAUGACCAAGACUGGUGUUAUUGAGAUUAAAGAUCCCAAAGAUUAUGCUUGGGAAAUACCAUUCGAAUGCAUAACGGGCUUGCAAUGGUUGGGUAGUGGUGCGCAAGGUGCCGUCUUCAGUGGAAAGUUAAAUAAUGAAAUUGUUGCUGUGAAGAAGGUGAAAGAAUUAAAGGAGACAGAUAUUAAGCAUUUAAGAAAAUUGGAUCAUCAAAAUAUAAUUAAGUUCAAAGGUGUUUGCACGCAACCGCCAGUUUUUUGCAUAAUCAUGGAAUUUUGUCCCUACGGUCCACUACAGAAUAUACUAAAAGAGCAGCGGAAUAAGAAAGUGAUGAUGCCAUCCCGUCUGGUGUCUUGGUCGAGGCAAAUUGCACAUGGCAUGCAAUAUUUACACUCACAUAAGAUCAUACAUCGAGACUUGAAGAGUCCUAAUAUACUGAUUGGCCACGAAGAGAUUGUGAAGAUUAGUGACUUUGGCACAAGCAAAGAGUGGAAUGAGAAGAGUACGAAAAUGAGCUUUGCCGGCACAGUUGCAUGGAUGGCACCCGAGGUGAUACGCAACGAGCCGUGUUCGGAGAAAGUCGACAUUUGGUCGUAUGGUGUUGUGCUCUGGGAGAUGUUAACCUGUGAGAUACCCUAUAAGGAUGUCGACUCAUCGGCCAUAAUUUGGGGUGUGGGCAAUAACUCAUUAAAACUACCGAUACCGUCCAGUUGCCCAGAGGGUUUUAAAUUAUUAGUGAAUUUAUGUUGGCAUACAAAACCGCGCAAUCGUCCUUCCUUCGGUCAGAUUUUAUCACAUUUAGAAAUUGCCGGUCCGGAGUUGCUGCGUAAAACCGAUAAAGGUUACUUUGAAGCUCAACAAUCGUGGAAUGAGGAAGUGCGUUUGCAUUUUAAAGAAAUUUCACAAAACGGCACCAGCAUACAUAAAUAUGAACAGGAUUUGAUAAGAAUGCGUAAGGCUGAGUGGCAACAUGCACAGGACAUACGGCUGGUGUAUGAGGAUAAAUUGGAGAAGACAAAUCGACUGUAUUUAGAAUUAAGUGAAUGCAUGACACAGCUGCAGGAGAAGGAGAAAGAGAUUGCUAUGCGCGAGAAGCAAUUACCCGGUUACAAACCAACCAGACGCUUGGGCAGCACACUACGAAAAAUACAGAACUACCGCAGACGACUAAAUCCACCUAUUGCAAUACCAGGAAAUGCUCAAAAUCAACAACAGUCAUCGACACCUGAUCCAGAAACAACUCCAGAGAGUCCCCUCAAGGCCACCCUGUACGCGCAGAUGAUAAGCUUUAAUAAGACAAAAUCAUACUGUGUGGCCACACAAAAGCCGAAAAAGAGCAGACAUCGACGUGUGGGUUCGGGUAGUUUCGCCGCCGCGCCCAAAUAUAGUCCAAGUCGAGACCGACGUUAUCAAAGCGAACCGGAGAAUCGCAAGAAUGUGAAGCUUGUAGAUAUGGAAACUCAAACCGAUGUCAUGGAUAUAAGUGAAAUGGAUAUUAGUCCAAAUGCCUGCUGUGCAAUGCGCGAUAUCUCUAUGACACUCGCCAAUAACGAGUCAUCUGGUCUGCCAUCCUACGAAGCUUUAUACACAUCGGAACGUAUAAAUCAGCGACAAUUGGCACAACCACAAACCCCUAUGGAAAUUAUGCAACAACUAGCAUCACAACAUCUUAAAGAGCAGCAACAGCAAACAGAUGACCCAACCGAGGUGACUACACCAAUGAGUUUGAAUGGCAAUUCUAUGACGCCAUUAGAUGCCGCCUUCCACGAUGCAUGCUCUAGUCCCGACCAAUUGCUCGACGAUGUGAUCAAUAGCAAUGAAAGACUUGAUAUACCCGACUACUGCAGUUCCAAUGAACAUCUCGAUCGACUUGGUGAAAAGGUGAUUAAGUUUAUUAACGAAAAUCGGCUGAGCAUACAAACUACAAGCUCACUGAACAAUCAAGGCGAGUUGGCGACAACUCGAUCAACAGCUACAGACAAUGGCAAUGAGAAUGUCAGCCAAUGCAAUGGUCUAACAACACAUGAUUUAAAUCGGGAGAUGACGGGAAUGGAACGUAUGACACCGAGAACGAGCAGUGUACGACGGAAACAUCAGCAUACGUUGGAUAUGACAAUGGCUGCUGAUACACAAGCUCAUAAUAAUGCCAAUGGGGAGUCUAAUGAAGAUCUCUUCGAUGACAGCUGGUCGGAUGAAGAGGGCGAGGACACAGACUACAACUACGGGCUUCGACGACGAAGCAUUGGACGUCUACCCAUUGGUCGGGGCAUGCGAGCACGUCGUGGUUACAAGCUACCAAUUAUACCGAAAAUACCCAUACAUAAACGUAAUGUGACCGUAGUGUCGGAUGAGGAAAACACCUCCGAAUAUAGCCAUUCACCAUCCAGUCAACAUUCAACGCUCGAAAGUAAUCCUGAUGAAGUACUCAAACAAAUGAAAGCCAACAAAAGGGCUAUGGCCAAUUCAACAACGAAUGCGGCUACGGAUAGCGAGGAGGAGGCCUCAUCGAGCAGUAGUGAUGAUGCUGAAGAUUUGGAAACUCAGCAUGAACGACGGCCAACUACAACUAUAGCAACGACAACAACACAAGCUGCAACACCAACAAUGCAACGACAUAGACGUGAACAACGACAACAACAACAACAACAACAACAUAAGUAUGCCGCCUCAUCAACAGCAACAGCAACAACAACAACAACAACAAGCAGCACGUUACCCAUUAACUUGCCCAAACGCAGCGAUGUCAUAUCCAUACCCACAUACGAAGCAGACGGUGCAGUGGAUAUGGUUUAAGCGAGUACUUGAAGUCUGGCGAAAUAUAUUACUUGCUGAGUAGGCUCAGGAACUAUGCCUAUUUUAAACAUACAAACUUAUAUUUAUUUGUGUGUCCAAUUAUGCAUGAGGCUAUAGUUCCAUUUUCCCGAACGAAAAAUUUGCAUGUAAAAAAAGAGAGAGAAAAAAAUUAUUAUAGAAAAAAUUAUUAUAUAUAAACGCAAGAAAACUUCGCUUUAGUUCCAGUACCCGUAUAAUUAAUACAUAUACAUACAUAUUACAUACACAUGUAUCUCACAAAAUUUAAUGUCCUGUAUUUAAUAAUAAUAAAUCUACCAGUUUAUUAAGUAAUCAAUAUGUUAAGUGUACAACAAACAAGUCAGACAUCUUGUCAUUAGUAAUUAAUCAUACAUACAAUACAUACUUACAUACGUGUAGGCGUAUACAUACGUGCGUGCAUGUGUGCAUAGACAGAGGUCUAUGAAUAUUUGGAAGUACUCAAUAUGAUUAAGUGUUAAUUUUAUGUUUCAAUUAAACUCAAUACAAGUGGAAUUAUUUGUACAAAUUCUCCUUCGGGUGUCUAAAACGUCUAAGCGCGUAUUGAAUGGAUUUUUUAAGGCGAGCUUUUAUA